CCGGCCAAUGUCCGAAGUUCAGUGUUACAAAUGGAUGAAGUCGUUCAUCGAAUAGACAUUAUCCCUUUGUUAUUAUCCUCUACUGCCGAACACAGAACCGAAGAACCAUGUCUGCUGAGGAAGAGACUGUCAUCAUUGAGAACCAAGAAGUCGAAGUUGCAGCUGACACUGCCAAGGGCGCCAUGUCUGUCGAAGAUGCCCUUCAGGAAGUGCUGCGUCGCGCCUUGGUUCACGACGGUCUUGCUCGCGGCUUGAGGGAGGCUGUCAAGGCGUUGGAUAGACGCCAGGCUCAUCUGGCAGUGCUCUGCGAGUCGUGUACCGAGUCCGAGUACGUAAAGUUGAUCGAAGCUUUGUGCGCCGAGCACAAUAUCAAUCUCAUCAAAGUGUCGGACGCCAAGAAACUUGGUGAAUGGGCUGGUCUUUGCAAGAUUGAUCGUGACGGUAAUGCCCGUAAGGUCGUCGGUUGCUCUUGCGUUGCCGUGACCGAUUUUGGUGAAGAAUCCGAAGCCAUGAAUGUCCUUUUGGAUUAUUUCAAGUCUCGCUAAAGAACUCACAAGGAGAGCCUCUAUUUUUUCGUUAGAAUAGUUUUUCCUUUGCUUUGCUCUUUAGAAUUAUUCGCGAUCCAAAAUAAAUACGAGCCUCGAUACAAUUUGUUAUAAAAACGAUAUCUCUUUCUA